UACUGCAUCAAACCCUUCUCCACCUCCUCUCUUUUACCACCAAAGAGCAACAGCCUCCAUUGCUCUAUAUCGGAUUCAUCCCGGAUCACAGAAUGGCAUCUCGAAUGGCUAAGUCGCCCGAACAAGAGCAUCCCGUGAAGGCCUUCGGAUGGGCUGCCCGCGACUCCUCGGGGCAUCUAUCUCCUUUCAAAUUCUCUCGAAGGGCAACGGGAGAGAAGGAUGUUACCUUCAAGGUGUUAUAUUGUGGGAUAUGCCACUCCGACCUUCAUAGCAUCAAAAAUGAAUGGGGAGGCGCCAUGUAUCCUCUGGUGCCAGGGCAUGAGAUUGUGGGAGUUGUGACCGAAGUCGGCCCCAAGGUGACAAAGUUUAAGGUUGGGGACAAGGUUGGCGUUGGGUGCUUAGUCGGGUCAUGCCAUUCCUGUGAGAGCUGUGCCAAUGAUCUCGAAAACUACUGCCCUAAAACGAUUUUUACUUACAAUAGCAAGUGUCAUGAUGGCACCAUGACCUACGGGGGCUACUCCGACAUCAUGGUGGCUGAUGAGCACUUCGUGGUGGCGAUUCCUGACAGUCUGCCGCUUGAUGGGGUGGCUCCACUCCUAUGCGCUGGAAUCACAGUAUACAGUCCAUUGAAGCACUACGGGCUUGAUAAGCCCGGGCUCCAUCUCGGAGUGGUCGGGCUCGGCGGAUUGGGCCACAUGGCCGUCAAGUUCGCCAAGGCCAUGGGCCUCAAGGUGACUAUCAUCAGCACGUCUCCCAGUAAAAAGCAGGAGGCCGUGGAGCGCCUCGGGGCCGAUUCAUUUUUAGUUAGUCAUGACCAGGAACAAAUGCAGUCUGCUAUGGGCACGAUGGACGGCAUCAUAGAUACAGUCUCGGCAGUUCAUCCUCUCCUACCAUUGCUUGCUCUGGUGAAGAACGACGGCAAGCUAGUUAUGGUUGGUGCACCAGACAAGCCACUCGAGUUACCCGCCUUCCCAUUGCUCAUGGGUCGGAAGGUUGUUGGGGGAAGUCUAAUUGGUGGAUUGAAAGAGACACAGGAGAUGAUAAAUUUCGCCUCAAAGCAUAACAUCACAUCAGACAUUGAAGUCGUUCAAAUGGACUAUGUGAAUACUGCAAUGGAGAGACUUGCAAAAGCGGAUGUCAGAUACCGGUUUGUUAUAGACAUUGGGAACUCAUUGAAAUCUGCUGCUUAAGAGUAUCCAUCAUUCACUUGCUUGGAUCAUCGAGAAAUCACUUGGAGACGGAUUAUUAGUUCUUUCAUACUUUUCCUUCUUGUUGCACAUUCAUCUGUCUUAUGUACUUCCAUGGAAGCCCCUUAGUUGCUAUUUUCUAAAAUAAAGUCAAUUAGUGGAUCGGUUGAUGUAACUGUUUCUAUGAUUUAAUUGAAUGAUCUGCGGUCAUCAAAAAAUGAAUGUUCUCCCCGUAUAA